UUUCUGUAGCAUAGUCCUUCAAUUGUAGAGUACCUGUCUUAGUGCGUCCAGGUACCAUUUUACACGGGAAAGAAAUUCUUCUUUUUGGCACGUUUGCAUGUUCAGAUCUCGUAGAAUCGGAUCUGUAAAAAUAGCGCCCGCAGAGAUUCGAACUCUUGACGUCUGUGGCCCUAUGGAAUUGUGUGUGUUGUUUUAACAGGUCCAUGUCCCAUGGUUCGGGAUUUGCGGUUGUGUUAGGGUUAAUUUGGUUUAGUUGUGUGUGUUGGAAGGAAUGAUUUGGAGAAUUGAUGUCUAAGGGAAUUUGUUCGUUGAUCGGUUUUGAAGGAUCAGGGCUUCUUUGUUUUCAGGGUUUAAUGAGGCAUCGGAGGAGCUAUUAAGGUAGCUGCGGGACGGGGAUUUGGUAAAUCUUUGAAGGAUGGCGAGGUUUCCGGGCACGGCAUUGGAUAUGCGGGGUGCCCUUUCCUCCAAUCAGAAUAACAACCAGGCGCUGCAAUUCAGCCCUCAGAUGGCUCUGAGCAAUGAGAAUUUUCUGAUGCUGGAUUCGAACCCUAGUCCCUCGUCUUCCAUGGACCUCGGUGGGCUGAACCCGUCGCUGUCUUCGAACAUAACCUCGGAGUUUUCAUCUCUUCUGGAGUCCACUUCGCAGAAUUCGUUUAAUAUUGGAAUAGGAUCGCAGGCAGGGGUGGGGCAGAAUGACAUUUUGAUGCCUGCGGAUGAGUGGUCUGGUACUACAAAUACGUCUGGGCAACAGCAGCAGCAGCAGAAGCAGCAGCAAGGGCUUCAGAGCUCGUCGCCUAGUCAGUGUCAGAGUUCCCUUAGCCAAGGGCAAGGGCAGGUGCAGGUACCGCAGGCAGGGAACCCGGAGACAAAGAAAAUGCAGCAGCAAUAUAGCUUUGACAAGCGUUUAUGGGGCAGUUCACAGAAUGGCACCGAGUUAUAUGGGGUACCGCAGUCUUCGCAGGGUAAUCAAGAAGUCGGCGGUGGGGGACAGGAGCAGCACCAGCAGCAACAUGGGUUUCAAACAGGAUUGGCAAAGUCAAACCUCUCCCCGAAGCAAUCCAGCAAUUUGCUUCCGGCUGUCAGUGUUUCUCAGUUUCAAAAUCAGGCACAAGCAACAGAUAUACAAGCUGGUUUCCUGCAACAGCAAAGAUUUCGUCAGACGGGUAAUUCACAAGAACCAGCUUCCCAGGAAGUGAAGGGUGUUGCUCAAUCGAUGGACAUAGAGCAGAACCAGCCAAGGCAGGUCCCGGGCUUUGAUGGGUCUUCAAAAAUAAAUGUCCACAUGAAUAACCAUCCUCAUAGUUUAUCACAGCCUGGAGUUUAUCAGAGGAUGGAAGUAGAUAAUCACUUACAAAGUUUCCCGGGGGUGCAGUCUACUAAUCAACAGGCAAUGUUCCAAAGAGGUACCGCCCUUAAUCAGCAAAAUAUCAUUGAUAGCCAUGGGAUGCAGCAAGGUGAACUCCAAGGUGAUCCCGUGAUGCAGACCAUGCGAAGUCUAGGAUUUCAAAUGCAAGGAGUUAAUCCGCAGAAUGCCUUUCACUCCCAGCUGCAGGCGCAAUAUAUGAAUUUAAGUGCACAGGCAAAUGGCCACCCAUUAUCCGUUCUUUUUCAAAAUCGAGGUCCCACCCAAGGGCAGGCUCCGAUGCAAACAUUAUCACAGCCUCAUGUCCAAGGUCAAGCAGCAAAUCAACAAGCUUUGGUUAAUCAGCAGGCAGCAUAUCCAACUAGACACUUGCAGCCUGUGUCACAUCAAUCCCCAUUUCAUUCAAAUCAACAGGGUGCCUUUCAUCUUGGACAACCUCAGGUGAAUCAUGUGCACCAGCAUGGUGGUAAUUCUGGAUCACAUUUGGCAGGUAUCCAAAAUCUUACUCAAUUUCAAGCAAGAACACAAAAUCCAGUAUUCCAAGGUCUUAAGGUUGGGGGGAGACAAUUAUUACAAGGAUCACCCAAUGCAGCUCUAACCUAUAUGAACAAUAACACUGAUGCUGGAAUGCGUAGACAAAUGCCAGUAGAAGUUGCUUCAGAGUGUCUUCGUGUUCUUACUGAAUAUAUUCAAGAACAGAAAAAAACAAAAGAGAAAAAUGACAUAGGAUCCUGGAGGAAGGUUGUUCAUGAUUAUUUUGCACCUGGAGCAACAGAACGCUGGUGCCUAUCAAGCUACAGUCCUGCACAAAUAAGCAGGAAUGCACAAGGCUUGUUCCCAAUGGAGUAUUGGUUCUGCAACAUCUGUGGAGUGCAACCUGGGCGAGGAUUUGAGUAUAGUACUGAUGUGCUACCAAGACUUUUCAAGAUCAAGUAUGAUAGUGGAUUGUUGGAUGAGCACUUGUGCCUUGACACAGCUGAAGAGAGCUACAUGGUGUCCCCAGGGAAACAUGUGCUGGUGUUUCCACGCGCAGUACAUGAAUCUGUGUUUCCAGAGCUACGGGUGGUGCGCUAUGGGAAGCUGAGAGUCACAUUUAACAAUUUCCAGAAGAUAUUGUCCUGGGAAUUCUGUACUAAAGUGCAUGAUGAAGUUGUUCCCCGGAAAAAUCUCCUUCAGCAGGCACAACAGUUAACAAAGCUAGUAUUGGAGACUGAACAUGAGGGUUUUGACACUGAUCCAGAAAAUUUGAAAGCCCAAUGCAAUGCGUUCACUCUUUGUGCUAAACAAUUGAAAGCAAAGUUGGAGGCUCCUAAUGUGAAUGAUCUUGGUUUCUCAAAACGUUAUGUCAGAUGCUUGCAGAUAGCAGAAGUGGUUAAUAGCAUGAAAGAUUUGAUCUCUUAUGAGAACAAGACCCACCAUGGGCCAAUUGAAAGCUUGAGCAGAUUUCCAACAAGGAGGAAGCUCCAGUCAGAAGGUUUUCUUCAACAGUCUGUUAAUCAUGUAAUGAAUCAACUAAGUCAAGGUCAAGGAAAUUCUAAUUCUCCAUAUGCAAUGUCGCCAAGAUUGUCUUUGCCAUCGGGCCAAGGGAUCUCUUUAAACCAAGCAUCAUCUUCUGUUCUUCAAGGGAAUGACCCUUCAUUGUCAAAGCCACCUUCAGCCGUGAAUCAAUUGCAUGCACAACUAAGAAAUCAGCUCGAGGCACGAAAUCCAAGCUUGCUACAAACACAAGCAGCUAAUCAAAUGCAACCUCCAUCUGGUUCGCAUGUAGAUACUGGUAGUCAGGGGCAGUCGCACACAAACAACCAAAUUCUGUCGCAAUACACGACACAGGCACAACCAUCUUUGCAAGCACAGCAUUUGAGCCAUUUACAGUCUUCAGCCCCUGGUCAAAUUCAAUCCCAAAUAUUAGGUUGCCAGUCUCCAAAUCUAAACCACAUGAGCCAGCAAAUGUAUGAUCAAGGAAUUGCAAAACAGAUUAAUUUUCAGCCUCCAAAUCAAGUAAUAUCUCAGUCGAGAUCCUUGAAUCGGACAGGGCAACAAAGUUUGCCAGGCACUCCUCAAAGUGAGAUGAGUGAUAUGAGGUCAAAUGCAUAAAGGAAUAAGGUUAAUAUUUUCCCACUUGUUUGUGGGUCCUUGUAUAUUAUACUUAAUUGUGAGGACUUUAUUUAUUGUUUAAGGGUGCAAGCAUUAACAAUUAGUUGGUAGCUUUCGCUGUAAGUGCUUCAUGAUUUGACCUUUUUUUUUCUCAAUCGUAUAAUUUCAAUAUAUGGGGACCUGCGGUUUGUUUAGGACUAUGACGUGAUCUAGUCCAUAAAGGUGGUGUUAUGAAGAAAAGGUUCCAAUGAUUUGUUCUACAAAAUAAUUCAUUUUAUAUGUUUGUGUUCUUUGGGAAAGGAAGGCAUUUUAUCCGUCUGAGGGUAAAUGGUUAAUAUUUAAAAAUUUCUUCUGUAACAUACAUUGCUCUGGAACGUCUUUACCAAUUACUAAUAAAUUAAUAGUACUCCUUUUUAUA